UACGUCCGGCGUCUGAGACAGCAGAACCUGAACUUUGUUGCUGCCAAAAGAAAGGCAGCCCGCUAGUGGAACGAACGUUUACGCUAACUAGCUGGAGUGGUCCCCUUUACGUUACCGAGUCUCACUCUAUCGCAUCCACGUUUGGCCUGCGCCAUCCCCAUCACUUUUUCAUCUUCGCCUCUUAUUAUCCACCCGGACUCAUGCAUCACCAUGAGUUCCAAAGACAACUUGGCUCUGGAUCUGGAGCACGGCGUGCGACGAUGGGAUAGGCAAAGAUGGAUCAGCGUCUUCAGCAGCCAUUCGCCUACUAUCCGCGAAGUGACUGAAUGCUUGGGGCUGGGCUUGUCCGCAUCCAGCUCAACGACAAACCGCGGCAUCCCCAAAUUCGACAAUCCGGACUAUCGCAAGCUGUCAAGUGAAGUCACAAAGUUGUCGAAAGAGCUGCCCAAGGAAAGAGAUGCAUUGCUCGAUUUUGCUGCAGAUCCACACAGCCUAGAUACCGAGCUUGAAGAACUGCUCGGUUCUUACGGGCCCGCUAUCUGGGGCAGGAAUGCCGAUCGCACCUGUCUCCUCACUCCCGAUUCAACUAAGAAGACCUACAACAAGGAUUUAUUCUACGACAAUGCGGAACACCGAGAAACACUCAAAAUCCACCUGCAUCGAUGGAUCAUCAUCAAAGCAUGCUACUACAUCAGGAACAUGAAGCUUAAAAGGCCUUCUGGUGCCAACGACUACGACACUCUUGCUGAUAUUGACGCUGAAGGUGCUUCUCAGCAUGGAACACCACUAUCACUAUCACCACCGCAGCCUGAUUCGUCAGUUCGCGCUGAUAGCGAGGCCAAAGUUUUUCCUAACUUGAAAAAGCGCAAGAGCUCGGCAUUCCUAGGCGGCGGCUCUAUGUCAGAUGGAGAGGAACAUCCUUCUUCGCCUGCCAAACGGCCGUACAGUACCUUGCCGACAGGAACCAGGAGUGCGAGUCCAAGGAAGUCACUCAAGUCUUAUGGCGCUUCAAGCCCCGGUAGCAUAGAAAAUCUACCACCUCUGCCGGUGCGACCUUUCGAUCAGAACCAUCAUCUUUCGCCAGCGCCAAAUGUUGGUCCCGAAUCUAGCCGCAUCCAACUUGGCCCAAUGUCAAUCAAUGAAGUCAAUGGGAUCUCUGGCCCGCCUACAGCUUCGUCAACUCUUGCUGGGGGAUUCACGGCUGUCAACACAAGCUUCCCCUCGGCCAACACUCCGCCACCACCGCCACCGCCACCAGUCCGAGAGUCCUCACAUGAAAUCUCACGAGCAUCAUCACUUGACUCGAAAAUGACCUCGCCAGCACUAAACCGGGUAGAGCCUCGCACAUACACAAGCCCAUACGAUUCAGCUGCACAGAGCGCUACUUUGCCAUCUACAACUUCUGAUCCUCGAUCUGUCUCUGCACCUACUACGGUGUCGGCUGCUGGUCAGGGAUUCCAACAGAUCAAAUCACCCACCCCUACCAACGGUGUCGUCAGCCGCGAGUCGUCAGUGGCUCGUGCACCAUCUCAAUCCUUGUUUGGCUCUGGACCUGGGCCUCAAGCGACCUCCCAGCAACAGCCGCAAAGCUCACCGCCAAUCCAAGUCAAAUCUCAUGUUGAGAGCCAGUCCCACAAUCGCACACCUUCCAAGACUCAUGUUCAGCUACACCAGCAGCAAGCGCCAGCUCAAACCUCAAGUCGUGCGAAUACACCCAGUAGUAGUCAUCAUGUCGGCCGCUCUAUUGCCCCUCACCCUUCUAGCAGGUCUAGCACGCCAUUCGCGCAAGACGCAAAUGCUCCAUCGAUUAAGUCUCUAAUUCAGCAGAUUGCGCCCGCGCCCGCGCCUGCGCCGAUAGAAUCACAUGCGCCGGUCCACGGCAUGCGAAUUGUGCCUGCGAUAGUGCCGGCUGGUCAUCCUCAAGCUGUGCAGCCUCUUCCACCUGUCGCUCCUCCUGUUCAGCCACCGCAACCAGUUUUGAAAAGCCAGCAUGCCGAGAUCCCUCCUCCGCAUCAACUAAGGCCUGUUGUUCCUGUGGUUGAAUUGCGUUUGCUUCAAUGUGAGGUACUUGCAUUGCUCAUUCAAUACCUGUUUCCAAGGCCAGCAUCACCACCAGACGAGAGAAUCAUCAUCAGCCAGAUCCAAAACCUCUGGUACCUUGGUGAGGCCAUGUUCCGCGCUGAUCUUGGACCCCAUUAUGAGAUCUGCUCCCGCGUCUUGCAGGCUUGGCUGCACGAACGUCAGUCCAUCACAAGUCUCCGCCACUCACUGCUAGUGCAACCUGGAGUCAGCCCAGCAGGGCUCAUGGAUCGCCUCCUUGCUAUGAACGAUCUUCGGGUUAUGCGGUUGAAGUGGAAGAAUAUGAGCCCUCUGGACGGUGCCAGCCCAGAAGACCUGCUUUGCAAGACAUUCGCAGUCAUCUCCAAUACAGAGAACACAGAGCAUCUCUUCAAGGAUGGACUGGACCGGCUCAACAGGGGUGUGUUUGAAUUCCUCCGGAAUGAAGACACAAAAAUCGUCAUGCAAAGGCGAUGAGAAAGUUGUGCAUCUUUUCUCCUUCGAGCGUUUAUCUUUUUGUUUGUCGAUUUCCUUUGUUCUCAAAAGUG